AUGGUGGCAACAUUAGUGGACACAUGCAAGAUAAUUUGCAUAUUCGAUGCACUUGAUGAAUGCUGUGAAAUGGAUCAGCGUCGAUUAAUUAAAAAGCUUCAAGCGUUUUAUCGCCAACCAUCUUUAUCGACGGAAGAAAUCUGUUUAAAGUUUUUGGUUACUAGUCGUCUCUACGAUGAAAUUCAGGAUCAUUUUCGAGCAAUUACCGAUUUUUUUCCACAUAUGCAUAUCAAGGGGGAAAAGCAGAAUGACUAA